AUGAGUUCCAUCAACACCGGAACAGUUGAAAAUGUUGAGUUCUCGAUCCAAAACCUAAUCAAGAGUUGGUGCAGACGGCGAAAAUGGCUACAACUCUGCUUCUUCUCCUCAAAACAACAACAGCAACAAGAAGACGUUAUUUCCAUCGAACCACAAUGGAGAAUCUCUUUAUCAGAGUUCCUAGAGUCAUACCAAGUUCACCUUUUCACCAUCUUUUUGCUCUCUCUCGACAUCAUUUUAAUGUCCCUCGAACUAUCUUCGUCUCUGAUCUCCUGCACAUCAGUCAACAAAACCAAAACCGAGAACCAAUGGUUCCGUUGGGGAGGAACCGCGAUCCUGAGCAUUCUUGCUGCUAAAUCCAUGGUUCUAGCUGUUGCUAUGGGGAAAUCUUUCUUCAGACAACCUGGUUGUGUACUGGACGGUUCGGUUGCGAUUAUAGCUCUGAUUCUCCAAGUGCUUGUCGACAAGAAAGGUGCCGGUUUCAUCGUGGUGGUGAGCUUAUGGCGGGUUCUGAGAGUUGUGGAGACAGCGUUCGAGCUAAGUGAUGAAGCCAUUGAAGUCCAGAUAGAUGGAAUCAUGAGCCAGUUUCAAGCUCUUAGUAAAGAGAACAGAUCAUUACUAGAGACUCUUGCAGAGAAAGAUGAAGUCAUCAAGAAGCUAGAAGAAGACCUAAAUCGAUACAAAGAAAAUGUUGAUAUUAUGUAA